GCCCCAUUCCAUUCCCGCUUGACUCUGACCAGGAGACAGUCCCGAUUCCAGAAUCCAACACAUCCGCUUUCACUCCAGGCCGACCCACCGUCUCCCUCUCCAUCCGCCGCCGCCGCCGCCGCCGAUCCCCUCUUCCCAUGGCCCAGAAGCGUGCCGCCCGGCGCGGUCGCAGAACCGACUCUUCUGGAUCGGUGGAGUUGGGGCACAAUGGGGCCAAGGAACCCUCGCCGGAGGGUGUCGAGGGCUCCCAGUCCCAUCGUGUCAGGGAGGGAAGUGAAUCGACGGACGAGGAGACCCCCAUUCGAGCGUUAGAGGGGGAGGAGGAUAAGGAAAGCGAAGAUGAGGAGGGGGAGGAGGAGGAGAAGGUAAGCGAAGAUGAGGAGGAGGAGGAGGAGGAGGUAAGCGAAGAGGAGGAGGAGGAGGAGGUAAGCGAAGAGGAGGAGGAGGAGGAACGCGAAGAGGAAUGGACGGAGGCGCCGGAUCCAUAUCUCCAGCUCAAGAGGAAAAGGGCAUCGGCAAGGAUCACUAGGUCGCAGCAGCGAAAGGUGCCGGCGCCCGCACAGCAACGACGCAAGGAAGGGGAGCAACCUAGCGAGUCGAAGAAGCCCAAUUCAAAGAAAAUCACUCGGGCACGAGCGCCAUUGCAGCAACAGCUUAGCCAGUCCAAGAAGUCCAAUUCAAAGAAAAUCACUCCGGCUCGGGCGGCAUUGCAGCAACAGCUUAGCCAGUCGGAGAUGCCCAAGUCAAAGAAACUCACUCCGGCGCCGGUACAGCAGCAAGGCGAGGAAAGAGCACAGCCUAGCGGGUCGGAGAUGCCCAAGUCUAAGAGAAUCCGGCGUACAUGGACUCCCAGCGACGAGGUUCAGAUUCUCACGGCGCUCCUCGAGCACCGCCGCGAGCAGGGGAAGCUGCCAGAGCCGGAUAACAAUGACUUCUUCGACUCCAUCGCGGAACGCCUCGAGGACAGGACCUGCACUCGUUUCACUAUCAAGGACAAAGUGCGUAGUCUGAUGCGCCGCUACAAAUCCUUCGUUGCGCCUUCUACUGACCACGAGCACCGCCUUGCGGAUCUGUCCAACAGUAUCUGGGGAGACCUGCCGGCGACCCACGCUGCCAACGCUGCCAACGCCAACAAUGGCGAUGACGAGCAGGAUGAGGGAGAGCACGCCAUGCCUGAGGCUGAGAAUAGUAGUGGCCAGAAUGUGGACAAGAGCUUCCAGGAAAUGUGUGAGAUGUAUCCUCUUCUUGGGCAGGAGGUGAAGCGGCUCGCAGGGUUACAACCUGCCCUCAGAACCUCCUUCACUGGAUUAGAUGGCAACAAGGCACUCUUAAUGGAGAAGAAACUGGAUAAACUCAAGUGGAAAGAGUUGAAGAUCCAGGCGGAGAUGGAAGCAAAGGUAGAAGCACCAAAGGCAAGGGUUAGGAAGGAGCUUGUCAAUGUUUUGUCGGAGGUUUCCAAGAAUUUAUGAAGCAGGUGAUCAAGCUAGGAUUUUACUGCUCCAGAGUUCGCUCAAUUCUGAAUAGGCUUAUGGUGAAGAGGUCAUGGAGGACGCGCUGGCAGACUCGUUAGUAACUAGAGUCGAGCACGUGAGUAGCCUAGGUUAGUUGGUAGAGUAUUAACAUAGUUAAACCUUUUGGCUUUGGGAUUUUGCUGAUGUGUCGGGCAGAAAAUCAAGGCAUGCAGUAAUGAAGUGUUCUGAGACGGUUCUCGUUUGCCCUCUGGUAAGAUUUGACGACAGUGUUUGGUUGGUGAAAAGAGAGUGGAGCGUUAUGUACCAGUGGUAGUCAAGGGAGCAUUCUAGUACAAUAUCAUGUCUAUGCAAUGAUGAUUUGAUAAUGUCAUGCCUGAUCGGAAUGUUCCACAUAUGGGCCAAUUUGUCUC